UGGGCAGGGAAGGGGAGGGCUGUGCGUGGGGGAGAGGAUAUAUAUGCUGGUGUGGCUGAGACAGCGGAACCGAGCCUCGCAUCCAUCGGAGGGAGCCGGGGACUGACAGCUCUCAGCACCUGCUUCCUGCUCCUGCACCAUGAAAGUCCUGCUUUGUGACCUGCUGCUGCUCAGCCUCUUCUCCAGUGUGUUCAGCAGUUGUCAGAGGGACUGUCUCACAUGCCAAGAGAAGCUCCACCCAGCCCUGGACAGCUUCGACCUGGAGGUGUGCAUCCUCGAGUGUGAAGAGAAGGCCUUCCCCAGCCCCCUCUGGACUCCAUGCACCAAGGUCAUGGCCAGGAGCUCUUGGCAGCUCAGCCCUGCCGCCCCAGAGCAUGUGGCGGCUGCUCUCUACCAGCCGAGAGCUUCGGAGAUGCAGCAUCUGCGGCGAAUGCCCCGAGUCCGGAGCCUGUUCCAGGAGCAGGAAGAGCCCGAGCCUGGCAUGGAGGAGGCUGGUGAGAUGGAGCAGAAGCAGCUGCAGAAGAGAUUUGGGGGCUUCACCGGGGCCCGGAAGUCGGCCCGGAAGUUGGCCAAUCAGAAGCGGUUCAGUGAGUUUAUGAGGCAGUACUUGGUCCUGAGCAUGCAGUCCAGCCAGCGCCGGCGCACCCUGCACCAGAAUGGUGUCCAGGUGAUCCCCCAAACAGCAUGUGUCCAGCCCCAGACCUGCCGCCUGGGAAUCAGGAUUCCUUCUUCCCCAAGGCACUGAGCGCCUGCAGAUCCAGCAGGCUUCGUUCGCCUCCAGAAUCUCCCCGUCUGAUUGUUCCUCCCCAGCCCCCUGGCAUGUUUCACCACAACCCUGUUGCUACAUCAGAGUGUAUUUUUGUAAUUCCUCUAGCUACCAUUCCAAUGGCCCCAUCUCUCCUGCUCACCCACCUCUUGCCCCUUCUAGGGGCAGGUGAAAGGAAUAGGAAAUUGAACCUGGGGUUUUGACUCGCCACUGCCAUAACUUGUUUGUAAAAGAGCUGUUCUUUUUGACUGAUUGUUUUAAACAACGAUUUAUCCAUUAAACUUCUACUAAGCAAAUGGUU